CCAAACAGACCGCUGCGACACCAUUGCGACACAGACCUGCUACUUUUUUAUCACUACACUAUCUAACAGUUUUUGUCAUUAAGUUUUACACAACAUACUCAUAAUAUGGAAGAAGCUGAUGAGGUUCCAGAAGAGGCGUCUGAACCAUCGGUGUUGUCCGAAAAUCAAGAGACUAAGAACGGGGUCCCCACACAGGAGUUUGAAGAAGGCCCAAGUAUGGAGGUCCAUGAGGAGUUCAAUCAGGAGCCCUGGGAGAGCCAACCUCAAGAGAAGGUGGUAGAGAAAAGUGAAAAGCUAAUCCCUCCUCAGAGGAUGAUCAACCUGCAGAGAGAUUUGACGAAAAUAGUGACCAACAUCCAAACUGCAGCUGACGCCAAAGAGUCGAUGCGAAGGACAGAGCUGGAGAAGGCUCGCAGAGAUAGAUUGGAGCGGCUGGAGAAUGAUGUAAAAUCCAGCCAGGAAAUAUUUGAGGAGAUCACCGGAGGGUGGUCGAUAGCUAGGCAGAAGGUGAUCCCUCAGGAGCUCCAGGAGGCCCUGAACAACCAGCAGCAGUUAUGUGCUGCUCUUAUAGAAGACAAGAAAAAACUCAUAAAUGACCUGCAACAGGAGCUGAAAGUUGGGGAUGAUCGCUAUGUUAAGGACUUGAGGAAGCAGGCAGAGGAGCUCAACCUGAUGAUGGAGAGAAUGGAGGACCAGAUCAAAACACUGACAAAGGCCUACAGGGAGGAGCUGGCCCAGAUUGAGAGAGUUUAUCAUCAGGAAAGUGAAGUCUUACUUACAAGAGACAAGACUGAAUGGGAACAACACAUAAAGGAACUUUGGGAAGAAGAGCUGGAGAGGCUGACACAGAGGAAGAAGAAAGUGGAGCAGUAUGAAGUGAUAAUUCACAAUCUGAUGUUGGAGACUACUGACAAGUACAGCCUCGUCCAGACAGAACAGAAUGCAAAGUUUCAGGCUCUGGAUAGAAGGCAUCAACAGAUAAAGGUCACCAACAUGAUCACAAAGCUAAAACAAAUAAAGCAAAAGGAUGAGAUAGCAAUAAGCAACUUCAGCCUGGUCAAUAUGAAAAACAGAGCCAUCAGUCUGCAAACGGAGAUGAAAAACCUAAUUACUAAGAAUUACAGUCAGAAGAAACAGUUUACAAAGAAGAGCCGGUAUUUGGCCGUGGACUACAAACGCAACAUCCAGCAAUAUGAACGCAUAAAGAAGAAAAUCAAGCACUUUGCAGUCGCUGAUGCCAGAAAAUUUGAGGAGAUGUGGCUAAUGAUUGAAGCAGAGGUGAAGCAGCUAGUUGAGAGGGUUUUGGUCAUUGAUUCACUGAUCUGCAAGCAGCACCUUGGUUUAGCCUGGGAGCGACCUCCUAUGGAGUUCAUGGAGCGCUCUGGUCCCAUCCAGCCUCAGAAACAGGCCUGGAGGCCUGCCCGCCAGGCUGUCUCCCAGCUGUUUCACACUGGGCAGGCUCUACAGUGUAGUCAGAGGAUGAUGGACCUCUCAGUUGGGCCAAGGCUGGAGACUGACACUGAGAGCACAGACAUGGAAAUGUACAAGGAAAAGACAGCAGUGCAGAGUGAGAGCAGUGCAGAGAUGGAGGAAGGGAAGCUGCCGAUGGAGACACAGAAGAAAGUGAUGGAGCUGCUGUGUGAUGAGGCGGGCUUCCUGAUAGAGGAUAAACUCCUGAACCUGCUGGCUCCCCUGGAGAAGGAAGAACAAACCGUUGUGAAGCUGGGCUCUCUCCUUUGUUCUUUUGGCAUUGAAGAGGAGGAUGUGCCCAAGUUGGCUCAUUUCUUAUUAAAGUACAAACAUCAGCAGAGAGAGCAGACCGAGGGUGUUUGUGAUGAGUCGGAUGAAACCAGUAAGAAGGCAGAGGAAGUGGAGACUAAGUCUACGACUCAUCUGACCUUUGAACUCAUUGAUCCUAACCAUGUUGUACCUGCUCUGAAAAGUUUUCUCCAGCAGCACAUGAGGUCCAGGGAGAGCUCAGCCCGCCAACAUCACAGUUUUCAUGUAGAAGCCCGGGAUACUUCAGAGGAUGAAGCCUACUGGGAGAGUAUGGGCACUAUAAUCUCUGAGGACAAACUGAAACUCUGGGAUGCAGUGGAGAACACAUUUAAGCAGUACCAGGCGGUCCUGACAGAGAUCUCUGAACUCGUCCCUGAGACUCAGAGUCUGAAGCAGCAGAACACAGAGCUGCGGAUGUUGCUACAACAGUCUCUUAACUCAAGAGUCAGCACAGAGCUGGAGAUGCUGUAAUCCAAACUCAACUUGGAAUCAGCAGAACUGGGGCAGUGUGUGGAAUCAUCUUAAUGUACAUUCACUAAAAUAAAGCCUCUAUUAAAUCAUG